AUGAAAAGAUUCAAGAAAUUGAAGAAGACAUCCAAAGACAAAGAAGAUGUCGAAUCACUUAGUAAAGAUGAAGAACAAAUUGAAGAAACACGCGAAACAUAUAAGGAAAAUGACGAUUUAAUUGAUCACAUUCAGGAUGAAAUCAAAGAAUGUGAAAAUCAAGUCAAUGAUGUUUGCAAAUUUGUGGCAAAUUUGGAUGAUAAUGAAAAUGAAAAUGAUGAAUCUGACGAUAAUUCGGAUGAAUCAAGCGAUGAUGAUAAUUAUGAAAAUGAUGAGGUGAAUAAACAGGACAUGUUCAGUCCAAGGAAAACCAGGAGUGGUAAAUCUUAUGUUCAAGAUGGAAUAAAAAUGAGACCAACUGAACGUAAUAACUGCGAUCGACCAAGGCAUAAUCAACAAUACCUGAAUCAAAAGAAACCGAAGUGCAAUUUGUUAAAGAACAGGAGUGCAAUGAGAAAAAAGGAAAAAGUCAAGAAAUUGAAAGGUUAUUUGAAUAAAAUAAUUUCAAUGAAGGAAAAUUCAAGGAAAAGGAUUCAGAAAAAAGAGCCAAAAUACAAUCUACUAUUCCAACAGGUUGGAAAUGACAAGAAAGCCAAAUUGAUUGGUGUUGAUGAUGCUGUGACACAGAUAUUGUGGACUAAAUUAUUUGUGGAAGCACAAGGUUAUCCUAUUGAAGAGAACAUCCUAUAUCAGGAUAACAAGUGUUCUAUUCUAUUGGAAAAGAACGGACGUGAUAGUAGUGCCGGAAAGCAAAGCCGAGCUUUGAACAUUCGAUAUUUCUUUAUGACUGACCAAGUCAAGAAAGGGAAUGUGACUAUUGAGUAUUGUCCAACUGAAAAUUUGGGGAGAUUUCAUGAGCAAACCUCUACAGAGAUAAAAAAAUUUUAG